AUGGCUACUUACAAACCUAGGCGUGACCCUUCACUAAUGGGAGAGGCCAAGAUUUUGGUUGAACUGGAGCUGAGUAAAGCUUUUCCUCCUAGGAUAGGUACUGUUGAUGAAACAUGGUCUAUAUCGAUGCUAGACGUAGAGUAUGCUUGGGUUGCCACUAAAUAUGGUAAUUGUGGAUAG